AGAAGCCUGUGAUGACAAAGACACAUCACACACUGGACAACCAGCCCCUACCCAGAGAUGACCGGAUUCCUAUCAGACCUGAGGGAACAUGCCUAUCUGCAAAUCCCUUGAACAAAUGAGACAUUUCUGGAGAAUGAAAGACACAUUCCAAAAACAGCCUGAUGUGGCUACAAGCUUAAGAAGAUUUUGUUCUACCUCUGCAGGUACAGUACCAGGGGCUCUUUCAAAUGAUCACUGUCCUGGGGAUUGGUGGAACAUUCCAAAUUGGCUUUCAAAUUUCUACAAUCACCUACAUGUCUCAGCAUGUUAAGGCUUUCAUUAAUGAAACUUGGCUGGAGCGAUAUGGCUACCCCAUCCAUCAGGAUAACCUCUUGUUCCUGUGGUCUAUCACCGUGUCUAUCUUUGGUAUAGGAGGUCUCUUGGGUUCUUCAGGAAGUAGAUACUUGACUGUCAAGUAUGGCAAAAAGAAAUGUCUUCUGUGCAACAAUCUGCUCAUGAUAGUGGCAGCAUCCAUCAUGGGCUGCAGUAAAAUAGCCCAGUCCUUUGAGAUGAUUCUAAUUGGACGCUUCAUGUGUGGAAUAAGUGCAGGUCUUUGUGCUCCUCUACAUCAUCAAUACGUUGGAGAAAUUUCCCCUAGGAAGCUACGUGGAUUUGCAAACUCUACUUCCUCUUUCUUUUGGUCACUGGGAAAAGCCGUAGGGCAAAUUUCAGGACAAAGGGAGCUGCUGGGCAGCCAGUCCCUGUGGCCCAUGCUGAUGGCCUCCUGUGGACUUCCAGCACUGGUGCAGCUGGUGACUUUGCCCUUCUUCCCUGAGUCCCCACCAUAUCUCCUCAUGCAUAAAGGAGACCAGGAAGGCUGCAAAAAAGCCAUAAGGCAGCUUUGGGGUGAAGGCCAUCACCAAGCAGAGAUUGAUGACAUCAUGAAAGAGAAGGCAACAAUGAAAAACACCAAGAUCUUGAGUGUCCUGGAGCUAAUGAAAGAACAAGCUUUCCGUUGGCAGCUGUACAUUAUAGUUAUUCUGACCGCCACAGUUCAGCUAUGUGGCAUCAAUGCAAUUUAUUUUUAUACUUUUGAAGUCCUCCAGGCAGCCGGCUUUGAUGAAAGAAUGAUCUCCUAUAUGACCCUCUCUGUUGGACUCUCUGAACUCGUAGCUACUGUAGUCUGUAGCUCCAUCAUUGAGCGACUGGGCAGGAAAGUGCUCCUAAGAGGAGGCUAUUGGAUCAUGGGUUCACUGCUAGCUGGUAUCACCGUGACUCUCUCCCUACAGGACUGGUAUUUCUGGAUGCCAUACUGCAGCCUUUGUCUGAUUAUCUUGUUUGUAGUUGUCUUUGGAGUCGGGCCAG